AUGCUGAAUUCAGAAUUGUCCUUAAGAGACAGACAGAUUCUGUCUAUUGAAAAGAUGCUACUGUUCAAUUCAGAUAAAGGAACGGAAGCAGCAACAAGCAAUCUUGAUGAACAAGAGAUCGUUUGGAAAGUACUGAUCAUGGAUGCUAGGAGCACCGCUAUAAUAUCAUCUGUUAUGAGAGUCAAUGACUUGUUAAAAUCCAAUGUUACAGUUCACGCCCUUAUCACACAACAGAGAUCCCCUUUACCUGAUGUUCCAGCAGUGUAUUUCGUGGAACCAACAGAAGCGAACAUCGAUGCGAUUGUCCAGGACUUGAAAGAAGAUAAGUAUUCAGAAACAUACAUCAAUUUCACAACUACAUUGAAAAGAGAUCUUUUAGAAACCUUUGCAAGCAAGGCUUCUGCUACUGGCAAGUCUGACAGAAUAAAACAAGUGUACGAUCAAUAUUUGGAUUUCGUUGUAACAGAACCGGAAAUGUUUUCAUUGGAGAUGCCCGGCACUUAUGGACUUAUUAAUAAUCCUCAGAGUUCUGAGGACGUUAUCACUAAUCUAUGCGAUUCAAUUGCUACUGGGAUCUUCAAUGCUAUCGUCACAAUUGGAACUAUACCUAUUAUUAGAGCACAAAGGGGUGGUGCUGCUGAAAUGGUGGCUCAAAAACUUGAAACCAAACUGCGUGAUUAUGUCAAUGGUACCAGAUCUUCAGCUAGUGGAUCAACUUCAUUUGAGCGGUUUGUUCUUGUUAUAGUGGAUAGAAAUAUUGACAUUGCUUCUAUGUUUGCACAUUCCUGGAUUUAUCAAUGUUUGGUAUUUGAUGUUUUCAAAUUAUCAAGAAACACUAUAACCAUGCCUACCACCAACGAGCAAAACGAAGAGGUUAUUAAAAAAAUGGAUAUAGACCCAAAAGAUUUUUUCUGGAUUGCCAAUUCUCAUCUACCAUUCCCUGAUGCUGUCGAGAACGUGGAAACUGAACUUUCGAAUUACAAAAAAGAUGCAGAAGAAAUUACCAAGAAGACUGGUGUAAGCAAUUUGACAGAUCUUGAUCCAACAGGACAAAGUGACACUAUACAAAUUCAAGAAGCUGUGAAAAAAUUACCACUUCUCACAGCUAGAAAAUCUACCAUUGAUACACACAUGACAGUUCUCGCAGGGCUUUUGAAACAGCUUGAAAGCAAAGGCUUAGAUUCUUUCUUUGAGUUGGAACAAUCUUCCGAUUCUUCUAAAACCAGACAAGAUUUCCUUGCUGCUCUUAAAGAUGGAAAGACUAACAACAUCGAAGAUAAGGCGCGUACGUAUAUCAUAAUGUACCUGACAGCACAAGAAAUAUUGCCUAGCGCCUUUGUCAAAGAAGUGGAGCAAUAUUUCCAAAGCGUCGAGUAUGAUAUCAGCGCAUUAAAGUACAUAUAUGAUUUGAGACAUAUGUUCAAACUCUCUUCAAUGGCAUUACAAAAUAAAUCAUUAGAAACGCAUACAUCCGCUAAUUCAGAAGGCCAGGACGGUAACGCAUCACAGCUUCUCUCCGGACUAUCAAACAAGUUAUAUGGAUUAACUGAGGGGAAAAUACAAGGUGUUAGUUCUCUUCUUUCUGGAAUCAAACAACUUCUUCCCGAGAAGAAAACGAUUCCCAUUACCAAUAUCGUCGAAGCCAUCAUGGAUCCAUUGAACAGCUCAAAAAAGAACCUUCACAUUACAAGUGAAUAUCUUUACUUUGAUCCUAGAAGCACAAGGGGUUCGCACGAGAAGCUACCAAAGAGUCAGACAUAUAAUAAAUCCUUGGUGUUUGUUGUAGGUGGCGGUAAUUACUUUGAAUACCAAAAUCUUCAAGAAUGGGUUCACCAACAUGAAAAUAGCAACAAGAAGGUCAUUUAUGGUAGCACUGAUAUAAUCUCCCCUAACGGAUUCUUGAAAGAGAUCUCAGGAUUUAAAAAGUGA